UCAUCUCCUCUCUCAGGCUCUCCUGCUUUGGCAAUGGCGCAGACCAGUCCCCCUUUGCCCGGUCACUUCCACACUGGCCAUGGACAUCAACACGCAAAAAUAACAAAGGCUCGCAGCCGACAGGCAGUCAAGCCCAUCCUCAAGAAGCUGCACUCUGGCCACUCCUACUCGCACUCGGAAAAGAACUCGCUCGACCUUAACCGCGGAUGGGAUGAGCAGGGUCAGUUUGGGUACUCGUCUUAUACCACCAGCGGCGGUGACGAAGACUCUCACGGCUCUUAUACGGCAGGAGCCUCGACACUGACAACACCUGUCACUCGGUCCGCCCGCGAUGUUAGCUUCUCCCUCUCUGCCACUGACCUCAGCAGUGGCGGGGCUCGUUCAAACAAAUAUUCGCAUGCUCGUUCAACGAGCGGCACUUCUCACGCUUCCAUUGCUACUUCUACUAGCGGCGGUCGCAACGGAUCCUUUGUGCACCCUUUCCAACAAACGCCGCGCACAUCAACGCCGCCUCUCUCCUACGCCAACUCGCUCGCUUCUCUCGAGAAUCCCAACGGCCCUCGCGAUUACUCUCCCACCAUUACAGAGGACGACGACGACAUCGAGCCCCAGAAUCUGCAAUCUUCGGGCCGUUCAUAUCCUCUGCCGCAUUCAGGUUCCCGCCCGCGAAGACCUUCUCUCGCCAGCCAGCGCACCAGCUCCCUCUCCGACAUCAACCAGCCGCUGCGCGUCACUACCAACGGCCGUUCAACACCAGGCAUCUCAUCGCGAAAACCCCACAACAUCGUCACCCGCAGUCGCUCCGACCUCCACCUCAACACCGGAUCUACUAGUGCCCUCGAUUCUGCAUCGAGCGCAACCCCGCCUGCAGGGUCCUUCAUCUCCCCACAGAUGAUCGCCGCCUCUACCUCUUCUUCUGCAAUGUCACCUCUACGUAGCUCUCUCGAUAUGGGUGGUUUCCGUCUCCGCUCGCGAAGCGAGGUUGACACUGCCACGCGCCAAGAGCACGUCCGCGAAGCACGCCGCAAGUUUGAGGAGAAGGAAAAAGCCAAGGAGGAGAAGUACGCCCGCGAGCAGAUCCGCAAGCAGGAACGUGCCGAGAGCAGAGAGGCCCACCGAUUCAACAAGCACGGCCGCAAGGGCAGCUUUGGAGCCUCGCGCAUCUCCUGCGACCGAGCCUCCAGCACCGAUAUUCGACCUAGCAUGUCUCGCAAGAACACUGGAACUGGCUUGGGUCUAGGCCUCAGCACUGAGAAUGAAAAGGUUGACUUUGCCAGCCGAGGCUACGAUACUGUCACCACCGCUCAGACGCCCCGUGCUAGAACUGACGAUGUGCACUUUGAGUCUUCUCGUCGCAACAACACCGCCAAGCGGAAAACUACAGGCGCCUGGACCGCCUUUGUUCUGUGGCUGAGAACGCGACUGCUUAAGCUGGGCCGACGAUAGAAGAAGCUUACCAGCGAGAUCAAGACCCGAUUCUCCAACAAGGACGCCGAUGUGAACCCCCAUCAGCAUCCCAACCCAUUGUUCCGCAACAUUUACUUUCCGACCACAUAUACCCCUCGCUCUUGAGUCUACUCACUGACCCCCACGGCGAACGCUGGAGCCUACGCGGCACAGCACCACUACCUCACCUCACUCCACGAUACCUUGAUCAACCUCACUUGGCGGGAGACGCAACACUCACCACCUCCCUGCUCACGUAUACGGAUUUACGGCCUCAAAGCAUUGCAGCGAUGUGAAACAUUCAGGUCCCACGGCCGGACCGAAGUUACCUUUUUUCCCACAUCUUGUUUUUUUUCACUUCUUUUUAGGCAUGGAGUUGGGGAUUUACCCGCGCGUUUUUGUUUUUUCUGCUUCUUCUUUUCACGAUUCGCACAGACAUGGCUGCAUCGAAUGGAUCUGAGCACUGCGAGAUGACGUUUGAGGACUUUCUGCUCUAUGAUUUCAGAUGCAUUUGAUGUAUUGUGCGGUCAUCAUCGGUUUACCGAGGCAUUAUUCUCAACAUGGCAUGGAACGGCACAGUAUAGCAUAGCCUCACCGGCUACGGAUGCGGACAAGCUGUUAGGUGAAGGGCAUGGCAUGUCUUGGGACUCGGUUUAGGCACUCUCCGGAUAGACCUGGAUCAAAUCAAUUCAAGCAAAUGCAUGGGCAUGAAUU